CUAAGAUCACCUUCACAUAUACCCUUCUGCUACAGUUAUACCCCUGUCUGAUAUCAGUUAUAUCACCGUCUGGUAGAAGUAAUUACUGCAAUCCCACACUACCAGCGAAGACGCUAAGAAAAAUAAAGGACAAGCAACAAGAGCUUCAUCUUGUCAGUUCUUUCAUUAUAAAUAACCAACCUGCCGCUCGAUAGUUUAAAAGCAAAAUGUUUAGAAGAUGGCGAUGAGUAAUAAUUCGAUAUUCUUCUUACAGAAGGACGGACUAGAUACUAAUUGUUCGGUGUAUUCGUUGAGUUCAGGAUCGAUUAAAAUCCAAGACUUGAGUAAUGGAUCGUGGUCAAGAAAUAUUACUGAUACGUUAUUACCCGCCUACUAUGUAACUAAUUGCUCUAUAAGUAAUGUUAUUGAAAGGAUUAAUGAUUUACUGGUCAGUGGAUCCAAAAGCGAUUGGGAAAAAUCGUAUAAAUGCUCAAUUUAUAAUAGUAGUGAUAACGGAGAUACUUUUGUUGCAUUACUUUUCACCAUUAGUGGAUCGUGUAUAUCGGGUUGGAUGUUAUCGCUAAUAUUCUUUCUAUCGCCAAAGAUUAAAAGGAAACCGAUUUUAACACAAUUAGCUACAAUUUUUUAUACUAUAGUGACUACUAUCUUAUUAACUCAUAUUACUGAUAUAUCGACUAGUCAGUAUUAUCAUGAUACUCUUAAUAUAACCAAACUUUAUGAAGGCAUAUAUGGAACUACCGAUUAUCAUGUUACAAUUGUGAUAUCACAGCUUCUAACCAUGUUGGCAGUUUUCCAAAUUGUGGUUACUAAAUUAACCUCAUCAAGGGUUAAAUGGCAUUCUGGUGUUAUCGGUACUUUGAUCAUUUGUGCUUAUACGUCGAUUUUAAUUGCUUAUGAAGCAGGCUUCAAUAAUAUCAAAAUGAUUGAAGAUAAUGAAAUAAGGUACGAAAUUACCUUUAAUGGACUAAUGAUUCUGAGAAUAGCUUUGAAAAUUGUCUUUAUUAUUUGGUUUGCGUUUUUCUUGUUCUAUUAUACAACUAGCUUGAAAAACCCCCGGAUUUGCUAUACGAAACGUUUAAUCCCCCUUGCUUUCUUCAUCUGGUUCAUAUUUGGCCUUCAUCUUGUGUUGAGUAUCUUAUCAAUCUCCUUAUUCAAAAAUAACUGGCUAGUUAAUACUUGGCUAAACCUAAUUCCUAACCUACUUGAAAUUUAUCUAUUAACUCUUGUUUGGGAGUGGAUCUCUAGUGUCAAAUUUAUAGAAAAAAGAUACGAGUUAAUGGGGGUCUUGGGUAGAAGAAUUAGUAUAGAUGAUGUCGUUAGUUUCCGAGACGACAACGACCAAUCACAACAGAAGAAAAAUCAAUCCUUGAAAUCUUUCUUCAAAUACGUCUUAAACGUUGCCUUGGGUAAACGUAACUCCCUUGCUGCUCCAACAAUCAGAUCCUACCUUGAUAAAGAUACUGAACUGCAAAUCAUCCUUUCAGGGUCUACCAAUUCUAGUAACUCAAAACAAAUCACCGAUACUACUUUGUUCAAUACAGCUACAAAUGCAAACACAAAUUAUAACACUGGUAACGUCCCUCCAUCCAACCAAAACGAUGACCCGUCUAUCCAUUCCGAAGAUACAACCCAAAGUUACGAAAUCGAAUACGUUGAUAACUACGAUAUCUGGGAUGACUCCGAACAACCGCCUCAGGAGGGCCCUUCAUCCCAAGUCCAGCCCCAACCUCAUCAUUUCACUGAUCAUGAUCCCCUUCCUCCACCUUUUGUCCCCCAUCCUGGUUUCAGCCAUGAUGACUACUACCCUGAUGAGAAGUCAUAAUGUGGGACGAUCCCACCCGUACAUCCGAGAUUGUUUUUUUUGCUUUGUGCUAGAAACUUCUCGAAUAAUCCCGGCUGAAAAAGUCAUUUAAUGUACUAUAUAUAUAUAACCUACUUCUUU